CAUCAAUCUUGCAUCACUCACUUAAAAACCAAAGCCCACAUCACAAAAAGCAUCAAGAUGUUGCAUUUAUGGAUUAUACUGACUCUGCUUCGUCAAGGAUCUGCUCUACUCUCAGUGACUAAAUGUCAACUUGGCAACUCAGUGACCUUCACAUGUUGGUUCCCUGAUUUGGAAUAUAGUAACACACGAGUCAAGUGGUACAAACAGAACAUUGGUGGCAGCCUUAAACUAAUUACAACGUUGAUGAAAGCUACUGAAAAGCCAACAUUUGAACGAGGCUUUCCUCAGUCACGAUUUGAUGCAAACAGCACACAAGUAAUGAGCAUGCUGACCAUUUUUUCAACUGUCCGAGAAGAUGAAGCACUCUAUCAUUGUGCAGCCUCCACCUGGAGUAAAGAUCAUUGGAAUGCAACCUACUUGUCUCUGAAUGAAAACACUCAGUCAAACUACACUGUUGUUCAGUUGCCGGCAGGAAGUGAUCCAGUUCAGCCAGGAGACUCAGUGACUCUCCAGUGUUCGGUCAUCUCUAGUUCUGGCAACAGUUCUUGUCCUGAUGAACACAGUGUCCACUGGUUUGGUGCUGGAUCAGAUAAAUCUUUGGCAAACAUCAUUUACACUGAUGGUAAAGGAUCCGAUGAAUGUAACAAGAAACCUGAGUCAACCUCGUCUUCAAAAAGCUGUGUGUAUCGACUCUCUAAGAACAUCACCUCCUCAGAUACUGAGACUUAUUAUUGUGCUCUGGUCAUUUGUGGGGAAGUUAUUUUUGGGAAUGGAACAAAACUCAAUAUUAGAGAAACCAGCUUGGGGACCUUUGGUGGUUUAUUGAAAGACAAUACAAUUCUUCUGCUGCUGUGUGCUGUGUUGGUCAUAAGUGUGAUGGCAAUUGGUAUUCUUAUUUAUAUCAUCAAGCAUAACAAGUGUGACUGCAAUGCUUCUAAUUCCCUGCAAGAAAGUAUUGAAAAAAGAAACGUGAAGAGAGAAAAGGACACAUGCAUUUACUCUGCUGUCAUAUUUACAACGAUAAAAACUGACAGUGCUAGAAAAAGAAAUACAAAAGCAUUGGAGCGAGAAAGGAUCUAUGCAGCCGUCAAGGCUCUUGGAAUGGAUUAACCGACACUGGAAGUACUUGCCAUCAGCUAAUUAUUAAUGUUUUAGGUAAAUGCUCUUAUGAAUGUGGCUCGACUCAUCAUUGCCCUUGAUGCAUCCAUCACUCCAUGUUUGUGUUUUGUAAUAUACAAAGUCACUGCAUCCAGAAAAUAAUGUAAAUGUGAGCCCACUUAUAAAUCUUGAUUCAUUAUUUUGAUGGUUUUUUGAAACUUGUAAUUGAGGUUUGUGACCACUAACCACAAGACAUUCAUUUAGGAUGAAUGACAGUCAUAGUUGACGAUGAACAAUCCACUGGGUACUACCUGUUGUAACAGACCUGUUGCAAGUGCCUUCUGAGGGUUGAUGGCAGUUUGUGGUAAAAUAAUUCCCAUUUGUGCUCACAGUAAAAAUUGAGAUUUUGCAACAUGUUGGCUGCAGCUUUGAGGCAAAACCUUUAUAUUGAGAGGUGAAACUUCUCCAUUACAGUAUGUAUCACACUUUUUCAAGUAUUUCUGUCACUUGGCUAGUAGCUAGCAAGUGUUUGCAGAUAAAUGGAAAAAACUAGAGACAACUGUGCUAGGAACCAAAGCAAUCAUAAUGAGGUUUUUUGUUGCAGCACUUUGUCUUUCUUCAUCUGUUCUCAUUCUGAUACUUUUUGUCACAUUUAUUUUGCCUAGAAAUCAUCUGACUUACAAGUGGCAAAUUUAACAUGUGAUUAAAGUCCCAGUUUGGUAUUUUGGUUGUUUUUAUUGUUAAUUGUACAACACCAAGUUAUGUUGCUGAUUCAUCAGGCUGAACAGGAAAAUGUACCAAAUGAAACGAAACUUACAGGUCUCUUGCAUCAUCUGGCUGCUAUAAGAAAGUUAAACCCCACAUAGGAAGCUUCGAUAGUAUGUGUGUAGGUAAAAUAAAGGUUAAAAGUUAAUGUCACUUUUUCCAAAUUGUUUUUGAUAAGGUUGUACUAAUGUUAUAUUUGGCCAGAAGUGUGAGGUGUGAAUUUUAAUUAACUCCAAUAUAGUAUAUUACGGGUCAGGAGCAUUACAGCCUGUAGAUGGCACUAAAAGGACUAUAACCAUGUAACAUCAUAAAACACAAAAACAUCUCACCCAAAAUUUGACGAAGCAGCCGCAGCUAUCAGUUGUUGAUAUGCACAUUAAUGCUUGCUACAUGACAGACCUCAAUCACUUCAUUGAUCGUCCACAGUUACACAAAAAAAUGCAAUACUGAUACAGUACUGAGUUGCUGAGUGAAAUGAUGUUAUUACUACUGCUGUAGUGUAAGGUCAAGUUGUAUUUAGCCAUUUAUAGGAAUGCAUUUUAGGUUGUACAAUUAAUUUUACAAAAGCCACUUUAUUAUAAGCUAACACAGCAUUAACAGCAUAAAAAUGUGUAAUGUAAUGUUUUCAACAACUCACGUGCUGAAAUUUGUCGUAGGAUUAACUUCAAAUAUAAUAAAAAUUAACAACCAAAUAUUUGAUUAAAAAUAACCACCAUAAAGAAAUAUAGGCUGUCUUUUCCUUGCAAAUCCUGCUCUGCCUACUAAGAUGUUUGAGACAAUGUGUGAUUAUAUGGUCUCACAGCAGAGUACACACACUCCUGUGGUGACUCUUUCAUCUUCUUCUUCACUCGAUUUCUUGAGGAGAAAUUCAGUGCUACAUAGUUUACUGCGUCUGACUCACCAUCCUGUGAAUAACAAUUAUGUAGUUUUUAUUUUAGUAAAACAAAACAAAAACAAGGCUUCUGUUAACAUGUCAGCCUGGCUGAAGAAAACAUUUAAAUUGACUAUGGCAGAUAAAAUUAACUAAAUAUGAUGCAGUGAUUAUUAUGAGACAACAUAUGAUUGAAGAAAGGAGAAAAAAAAUAUUGCGCUUUAGCUAAGGCCUCCAUCACUCAGCCUGAGAGACCAGUCAGCGACCCUAAGGCAAACUUCGAUCACUAGGGUACUUCCCCGACUGUUCA